GGCUGCAGACCAGGCAGGAGCCUGACUUAUAAAUUGGAGCCAGUGAACAGGGACUUGGAGACACAAACACACUUGUGAGAGACUAGAGAGAAAGGGAGACAGUGAGAGACAGCAAGAGUCAGACAGACAAGAUGGCCACCACCAGCACGUCCCAGCAGCGCCCAGCCCUGGAGGAUGAAGACUCCAGCCUGGAUGAGUACGACCUCUACAGCCUGGGCCAUUCUUACCUGGGGGUCGGAGGCCGGAAAGGCCGCACUAAGAGGGAGGCUGCGGCCAAUACCAACCGCCCCAGCCCCGGAGGACAUGAGAGGAAACUGUCCACAAAGCUACAGAACACAGAGCGGAAACGGCGUGGGGCCCGGCCCUGACACGGAGCAGGAGAUGAGACCACAGCACGGACACCCCACAACCACGGCGACAGGACGGCAGAGGAAUCGGCACCCAUUGGGCCUGUGGGCCCCCACCCCACCCCACGGGCAAGACUUAAGCCACUGGAUUGAGACUCCUGGGAGGCCUCUGAGGAAGCACUCCUUGUUCCAUCAGCUCCAGAAAGGGCCAGAUGGAAGCAAGAAGCUGAGGAUGGGGAGGCAGGGCCAUGAAAGUACCCUGUCCCUCUCCCAAAAAGCAAGAGGCCGGAGACCUGGCACCACCCAGGCACCAUCACAAUGACAACAGCAAUAAAGGAGACACAGCAGAUGCA